AUGCAAACCUUGAUCCAUUUAUUGAAACGCAACAUUGGCACAGGCCCCCCGGGGCUUCCGCUGCCCAUCAAAAAUGUUGGCUUCUUGGUGGGUCCUAUCAGCCUGCUGGCCACUGGGGUCCCCACUGUGCCCUGCAGGGUCAUCCUGCUGAACUGUGCUCGUCACCUCAGUCAGAGAUCAGAGUGGCCGCUCAUCAGGAGAUCAGUGACCUCCUGGGAGUCAUUCAACAAACAGGGGAUUCCAGAUCCCAGCAGCCUACCUUUGAUGGCAAGCUGGGAGACUUUCUUGCUCUUCUUCGGUACAGCCGUCUUCACGUCUGAAGGUGUCAGUAUGGUUCUGCCUCUCAAACACCAGGUGAAGCCUCCACAGCAGUUUUCUUUGGUUCUGUACGUGGGGAUGUCCCUUGUCAUCAUCCUCUAGUUCUGUGUGGGGACACUCGGGUACAUGAAGUUUGGGUCGAACACCCAGGCCAGCACCAUGCUCAACUUGCCCAAUUGCUGGCUGUACCAGUCGGUCAAGUUGAUAUACUCUAUUGGCAUCUUCUUCACCUACGCCCUCCAGUUCCACAUCCCAGCUGCAAUCAUCAUCCGUUGCGUCAUCCCCCAGGUGUCAGAGAGCUGGGCACUGUUUGCAGACUGGUCUGCCCUCAACCUUUGUCUGACCUGCGUCUCGGCCAUCCUCAUCCCCCGCCUGCACCUGGUCCUUUCCCUGCUUGGCUCCGUGAGCGGCAGUGCCCUGGCCCUCAUCAUCCCGCCCCUCCUGGAGCUCACCACCUUUCACCCUGAAGACAUGAGCUGUGUCACCAUUGCAAAGGACAUCACGAUCAGCAUCCUGGGCCUUUCGGGGUGUGUAUUUGGAGCAUACCAAGACCUCUAUGAGUUGGUCCAACCCAUCAGCCAUUCCCUAGCCGACUUCACAGGUAUGUAGGCAUAAUUAUCUAUUUUUAUUCUAAUAGUUCUCCCUUCCU